AGAAAGUGCAUUUUUUGAGUGUGGUGCCCACUGCAUGAUGGCUUCAGCUCACGACAGAGCAGUCUUACAGGCCAUAUUCAACCCCACCACUCCAUUUGGAGACGUUCCUGGAUUAAACCAGGAUGAGGAACUCAAAGAUGAUGACAGUUCUUUUGACCCCGGGCUUCUGAAGCAGGUGAAAGACCUGGAGCUGCAGGGUGUCUCAGAGGCCGAGUCAGGGAAAGUGGACUCUGCUCUGCGGACGUUUUCCCAGGCUAUUCAGAUCUUGCCUGACCGAGCCUCUGCUUACAACAACCGGGCCCAGACCAAACGGCUGCUUGGAGACGCUGAAGGUGCGGUGGAGGACCUGGAGCGGGCGAUUUCUCUAAGCCGAGGUGUUGGGCGUACGGCGUGCCAGGCGCUCGUCCAGAGAGCUCUUGCUCGGCUGGUGGGCAGGGAUGAAGAGGCCAGAGCAGAUUUGAUACGGGCAGGCGCGCUGGGCAGCGAAUUUGCCCGGCAACAGGCAGUGGCUCUAAACCCCUAUGCAGCCCUGUGCAACCGCAUGCUGUCACAAGUCAUCAAUAAACUACGUAACCCUGACGUUCCCGAGACGCUGUAGGGAAACAGUGAUACGUUAGCACUCAUCACAUCUUCUGUACACACAACCUGAAGCAAUAAUUACAGUAUGUACAUUCACAUUCAUUCUCUUCUCAUUCAUGUAUGCUUUCAUAUUUUAGCCAGCGUGUCCAUGAACCAAUGACGUAAUAUGAAAAUAAAGCAAAAA